AUCGAAUUCAAGUUGUUUAAGUUUAAAUUGCUCUUCUCCCCAAAAAGCAUGGAACCAUCCACCGAGAGGAAUAUGUCGAUGGCACAUUGAUUGGAAUGAAUACCCCAUCGACAGGCACAGCUUCAAAGUGGUUAUUUUGACGCAUCGAUCUUGUGGGUUGGACCACAAGGAAUUUGAUGUAACGGUAAUUCUAGUGCCAAGUUUUCGAAGCAAUUUGACUGGAGCAAAUCUUCGAUUCAAGUACUUGCGAUGAGGUAAAGUGCACCACCACAACAACUAGAUGCGGUCAUUACAGACUUCUUUUUUUUGUUGAGACUUUUCUCUUUCACUUCUGUUUUGCUGGGGAUUUCCAAGGUUAUUUUUGUAGAUGCUGCUGUGCUGAAUUUGGCUUUUUCUGGUGAUUUGGAUUCAACCGUCUCACACUUUUGGAAAAAAAGCAUUUGUCCGGCGUGAUGGUUUUCUCGGUUUAAUUGAAUUAACGAAAAACGUUCAGCAUACUCAGUUUACCCAAGGAAAGAGGCGCUUUUGACAUGGUGCAUGUUCAUUAGGCCAUCAGUUUUUUUUUCUGUUGGGUCGAUGGUAACUGCUCAUCGAAACCUGCGGCGUAAGUAAUGUGAGCGGAAACCAAUUCGUCAUGUGCUGGCGAUGUGGUCCAAAAACAUAUAUUGCUCUUUCCCUUCUUCUUUGGCAUAAAUAAAAAAAAUGAUGAUGUGAGAACUUGGCGGGUUUUUACUGCGUGAGAGUAUAACGUUAAUGGUAUUUCAGAGCUUUCCAAAGAAUUAUAUAUGGCCUUGAAUGCGCCGACAACAAAUUUACAUUCAACUUAAUCAUAUAAUGAUAUAAUGAACAGAUUUGUUGUUUACUUCGCACCUGACAUUCGUGGGUAUUAAUUCAUCAUCUUCGUUUAAAGCAAGAAAUUCGUGGGGUAUAUGUGCCGCGAUAAUUAAUAAACUCAAUUCAAAAUAAUAAAAAAUACUAAAACAGUCUUAUCAUCUCUCGACGAAUGAUGUAAAAAUAAGUUGAUGACAAGUUUUGUGUUAACAAAAUUUCAUGUCUAUGCUCACAGGUAUAAGAAGGCCGGCUCAAACCUGGCACGUUACCCUCUUUUUGGGAUAUUUGUGCCAUUGCCUACGAAGAGCCUAUCCCAUCAUCGGAAAAUUGGGAUUUGGAUGGAGAUACACACGGAAGAAGAACCAGGAGGACGCCUCCUGGUUCAAAAUAGGGUGGAAGAAGAAGAGGAAGAAGAAGAGGAAGAAGAAGAGGAAACCGUUGAAGCGUAGGGGCACUAGACGAGGUAACUAAGGAAGUAUUCCGACGUGAGCGAAACCUACUCGGUUUAAACUGGUGUAAGCUGGUAGCGGUGCUCUCGCUUGCGUGCGAUGCGACCAUGCCAUGCCUUAUGCAAGUGCACCCUAGAAAUGGGAGACCACCGGCUUACUGGUGGACUCAAGCACUUACGGAAUUGCACUGCGCCUGUUUACGGGCUAGGCGGCGGAUGCAGCGAGAACGGAAUGAGGAAGAGCGAAAUGAACGGCGGGAGGUGUUCGCCGCAGACAAAGUCGCGCUGAAGACCGAGAUAAGGGUAACCAAGCAAGAACCCCUGCUAUGAGCAUCUCUGCCAGAGUGCCAAUGCGAAUCCGUGGAGCAGUCUCUAGAGAUGUUGAAAGAGAUCAUCGAGAAGCUUUUUCCGCGUCAUGAUCCUAGUCGUUGGCCUCAUUUCGUAGGACAGCUGGGGACCGGUGUUGGUGAUGAGAAAAGUGUCACCGAUGAUGAACUUGCGGGGAUUGCAAAGCCCCUUAGCGUAGGUGAGCCCCCAGACCCGAACGGCAUUUCAAAGCUGGCCGUAAAAGUAGAUAUUACAGAGACUCCCGGGAUGUUCAGGUCUGUUAUGCAGAAAUGCCUGGACGAGGGAUCUUUCCAGAAGUUUGGAAGCGGCACAGCCUGGUACUUUUGCCAAACGCAGGGAAACCACCCAGAGACCCGUCGGCAUAUAGACCAAUGCUUGAUGUACACGGCGGGUAAGGUGCUCGAGAAGAUCAUCAUCAGCAGACUGUUGAGACACACUGUGGAUGUAAAUGCUCUCUCGCGCAACCAGUUUGGCUUCCGGAAGGUGAAGUCGACCGAACACUCUAUCAUGUUGGUUACAAAGACCACCGAGAUAGUGCACCUGCUUAAUAGGAGGGGUAUUCGCUACUGUGCAGUAGUGACUCUGGAUGUGAGGAACACGUUCAAUAGCGCCAGUUUAGCGGCUAUUGCCGAUGCGCUCCUGCGUCUGAGGAUACAUACUUGGGUAUCUGUACAAGAUUCUCGGAAGCUACAUCCAGAAUCGAGUACUUACUUACUUACUUUACGACACAGAGGUGGGUCGGAAGUGAUUUCACAUAACCUCAGGAGUCCCACGAUGCUCUAUCCUGGGCCCGAUGUUAUGGAAUGGCAUAUGUACGACGAGUUUUUGAGGCAAAAGUGCUCGGUAGAAGUAGAAAUUGUUGGCCUUGCUGACGACAUUUCACUGCAGGUCUACGGCGCAUGGAUCGAAGAAGUGGAAUCGAAUGCUGCUCUCUCGAUCACAGUUGUAGUGAAGUGGAUGAGCCCCAGGAAACUGAAACAGCACUGCGUCAAACACUUGGGGGUGAUGAUCGUCGAUAAGUCUACCUUCGGUAGUUACGUUGAUAAUGCCUGCAAGAGAGCCUCCACAGCUAUAGUGGCACUGUCCCGAAUGAUGUCCAAUAGCUCUGUGGUGUAUACCAGCACGUGCAAACAUUUGGCUAGUGUCGCCUCGCCCAUACUUGGGUGUGGCGGCCCGGCGUGGCGCGCGGCGCUAAGUAGAUAACGAAAGCUACCGUGGUGAGCUUGAAAGCACUUAUAAGCUAAUGUGCCUAAGUAUCACGCUGAGGAUCUGGUAUCGAAUCCCACUCCCGACAAACUCGCAAAAUGUGAGUUCUUCCUCCGGAAGGGAAGUAAAAUGUGGGUCUCGAGAUGAACUAGCCUAGGGCUAAAAAUCUCGUUAAUACAGAUAAAAAAAAUAUGCCUAAGGGAUGCGAACGCGUACCGUACCGUGCCACACGGUGCACUCUGCGUUAUCACUGGUAUGGUGCCUAUCGGUAUCCUUAUCGGGGAGGACAUAGAGUGCUUCCAAAUGCGCGGCAUACGCAGGACUGUUACGUUGGCCUCCAUGGGUUAAUAGCAGCGCACGUGGGAUAUUUCCACCAAAGGAAGGUAGACCUACAGGUUGAUUCCGAGAAUAGAUAGUAGGGUUAACAGGGGAAUGGGGCAAUGACAAUGGGGAAGUAACUUUCCACCUGACUCAGAUCCUUUCAGGCCAUGGUUGCUUCCGACAGUAUCUACAUCUUUUCGGUCAUGCGGUUUCUCCUGAAUGGCCGGUUUGUGCUGGUUUAGAGAUAACGGUGAAACACGUUUUGUAUGUGUGCUCGCGUUUUCGCAAAAUGCGUGGCCGCAUGAUUACCACAUGCGGGGAGAAAUCUUGUCCGUAUGUAGUGAUGCGCUUGGCUAGAAUUCCGUUUCAAAGGCUAUCACCCACAUCGUCUUGGAGCUACAGAGGAGAUGGUGCGUGGACUCGGAAAAUGGCUAGUGCAGACGCUAUACAAGAGGUGGUCCAAGGGAUUGGAGUCGGCUACGUAGGUCAUACUGGUGAUCUGCCGUCGAAAUCGACCCUUAUAGCGAUUAAGUGGCCGCGGAGAAAACAUCCUGGUAGCGUUGGUCUACUGGGUUGAACCGGAGCCCGUGGAUGAAAAGGGCUAAGGUGAUAGCCGAUAGGGCCUAAGUUUUCAGAACGUCAACUCGCGGUGCACUUGGUAUCAGUUCUUGAUAUUUCCAGAGCAGCUGAAAGCAGGCGCGCCUAGGCGUGGUGUUGAUCGCCUUACGAGAACAAAGAGAGCAGUAAGGCCAGUCAGGAAACUGGAAACCCGACAGCACAUGAUGUCAUGAUGUUUUUUACUUUGCGUAGCCAUGCACGCAUCUAUCCUCGAGGGUAUCAGAUAUCAGUAGAUCGGCUCCAGAGGCACGUUCUCCUCCAUUAAGGAAAUUUGUGCCAUUAAGGGUGCAAUGACCACUAGCCCCACUUCAAAGCAGUGCUUCCUUGCAGAGUUGAGCUCUCUGUCACUAUCAAUGGUAGGCAAACCGCCGAUUUUGAUAGGCUGACUGCGAUCCAAGUCAGCGUGUCACUUUUCUUUUUCCAUCACAACUGGACUGAUUGCGACGCCGGGUAGAUAUCACUGAAAGGCCAUCUUUAAAUUUCGUUUAAAAAUCGAAAUAAACACUUACUGUGAUGAAAUGAUGGAUAUGUGGUACAGAAUGACAAGUUUUGUUUGAUAGUCAUUAUAAAAUUUAAGUUGUAGUAAAGAUUGGCAAAAAAUCAGUUCAGUUGCUAUGAUAGUGCUCUGGAGUGCGGGACAGUAUCAAGUCGUUGCCGGUCACUAUCGUUUUGAUAUUGAUCGGCCUACAGUGAUAUUGACGGUGGUGCAAAAUCCGUAGUCAACUGACAUGACUGACAUUUCGCAGCUCUGCUUCCUUGUUGGCCCUGGAAAGGCCGAGGGCUAAGCGGCUCCCCUUCGGGUGUAUCAAGUCCAUUUUUGUCGUUGAUGUUGUUGCCAAUUGCACUGAGUUGGUUCUUCUUUUGUUGGUUUUCCGUUGCAAUUGUUUGUUACAAUAUCUGCACAUACCUGACCUAAACAACAUUAACAGUUGAAAUGCUACUUAUUGUUUACUCACUCGUAGCACACAUGUAGCAAUUUCAUCUUUGUAAACGCGCCCAAAAAUGCACCGUGAAGUCCUCCAAUAUCACUUGGGCAAUAAUCAGCUGUGUGGGGAAAAGAAGUUUUUGCAUGUUACUUCUAACUAAGAGAACAAACACUCAGGUUUACAAAACCUAACCAAACCACUCUUCCCGGUGCUAACCACGGUGUUGGACAUCCGACAUGUUUACCCCAAGGUUCCACGAGAAGGUAGGGAUUGAGGUUACAUAGUAAGAGGCGCAGAAUCACUAAAGAGGUUUAUUCUAUGACUUGAGAUACGUUAAGUAUUAUUAAUAUUGACAUUAUUCAUUCUUUGUUUAAUGAAACAUUUUGAAAUAAAAAACUUAAAGUCUUUUUGAUAAGAUACGCAAUACAGCAAUGCAUUUAUCAACCAUCUUCAUGUAACCUUAAUUAUUGAAUAAUGUUUGCCGGGUGGUCUUAUUGUUUUCUUUUCCACUGUACAGUAUACAUAACUUAAAAACAACAUCUUUUGCUAGUUUACCGGCUAUACAUUUUCGGCAUCAUCAACGUCCUUCUAAUGAAAAUGGAAAACAAAAUGGUACAAGUCAUUGUUGUUCCAAACAUUUUCGGAUCGAACAGCCUCGUCCUUAUAAUAUCCAUUAGCAAAAUGUGUUUCCGAAGGACAAACCGAAUAAAGUAAUGGGUUCUGGUUCCCGGUAGAAAUUGAACUAUUUGGUUUGCCAUCUAUUUCUAGAAAAUAAAACACAUGCUUGGUGACUGGUAGGCCAUACCAAGGAACUCAAAAGCUUCAAUAGGCGAUCAUGUUGAUAUCGUAUUAUAAUAAAAAUUGCAAACACCAACAUAUCAGCUGUAUCGUCUUGCAUAAGAAAAAAAACCGCAUACCACCAAUCAUCAAUUAACUGCAGCGACACAUAUUGCUCCAUUUGAUACUUACCGCUAGCAAAACCACUUAAAAUCACUCAUGAUGCUAUUUGAAAAUAGUACGCUCAUCGAGAGAUGCCGGUCAAUUAUCCGAUUACGAGGCAACGAAACGCCAUCUGAAACCGAUACUGCCCAGUCAGUAGCUGCUAAGGCGAGAAUUGGAUUCUCCACUCGUAGGUAGAUACCAUUUUCCUCACCCCAACCGUCGUAGUCGUCGCACAAAUCAGCAUAGCUUACGGAAAGUGAAACCGCAACCUGUAAAAACAAAUGCAGUAGCACCUUGCAAAAGUGCAACAACAUUAGCCAGGGAUAUCAAUUUCUCUGGUGUAGCUCCACCAAUACGUAGCAGCAACACGCGUUCAGGCAUAUCCGAUAUGAAAUUACACGAGACCGCCGCCGCGCCGCGCAAAAGUGUAAUGAGGUUUAAUUGCAGCAUAGCGAAGCUCACACAAAAUUCCUGCCUUGUUUAGGGCGCUCUACUAAUGCUUGCUUGCGGUUGGUUUUGUUUUUACCGGGUGUAUAGAUUACACCACGGCCACCAUUGCUGGGGCUGGAGCUGCUCGGCAGUACCUUUAGAGGGAAUUAUCGGUAACCUUAUGCAAUGACAGAUAACAUGAUGUAACGUAAUUUCGCUGGAGAAAUUCGAAAACGGAAAUUUCAUCUUGACGUGCACUUGAAGGGAUAAUAGUUUCAGUAAACUAAUUGACAACCAUAGAUAAUGCGAUAUUUGUUGUUGUUAUCCGGCUUUAAUGGAGAUUCAUGAAAAAUCGAUUCAUAAUCCACUUUGAGGCAACUUGUUAACAAAUUUACACAGUCAUCUCAUGAAAAGGAUCUAUUUUCCGUUUACAUUGAAUCCCAAUGGAUUGCCUAGAAAUUAAAGCCAAUGUUUUGAGUAUUCCAACGAGCGGUAAACGAAGCAUGAGCGGUGAAUGACGAAUCCACUGUAUUCAAAGGAAGAAGUAUUCACUAGAACACUUCAAUUAACUCCAAUAUCCUGAAAACGUAGCAUAAAAACAUCGGUGGACGUACUAUACUCUAUCUAGCUGUGCGCAUCAUAUGACUUCGCAUAGGUUUGCAAUAGGAAGCAAUCAGUGAAGUACUAGAUUGAAAGUAGUGAGCUGGAUUUUCGUAUGGUGAGAUGAUCAGUUCUCCAUUUCUGUAAUGAAAUGGUAC